AUGGGUAAACGAUACUUCUGCGACUAUUGUGAGCGCUCCUUUCAAGACAACAUGCAUAACAGAAAAAAGCAUGUUUAUGGCGUGCAGCAUCAGCGAGCCAAAAAAGCCUGGUUUGAUCAUUUCAGAGGCUCUGAAGAUAUUUUAAAAGACGAGCAGGCAAAAAGACCCUGCCGGAAAUUCCUUCAAACAGGAAUUUGUGAUUUCGGCACCAGUUGCAGGUUUUCUCACAUGUCGGAGGCAGAUAUGUACCAUUUACGGAAAAAAGUGCAAGAUGAAAAACAACGACUGGAGGGUUCCGAGGACCCGAACGCGCCGGAGCCCAACGUGGACGUCUGGCUGUCCAACAGGGCAAAGCGAAGAAGCGGCCAGACCGGCAAAAGUGCGGAAGCCGAACGGGAAGAGGACCGAAUGCCGUUUGACGUCCCUCCGCAGAUAUUCUCCAUUCCUGACCUACCGCGCUCCCUGGUGCCGCCUCCUCCAGGCGGCUGGAAAGUCGAUAGUGACACUGAAUGGGGAUGA